AUGGGCGUCUCUGGAAUUGCCCUUAUCACACACAGGUGGCGCCUCGGGAAUUGGCCGCGCCUGCGCAAAGACAUUCGCCCGAGAUGGCGCCUCCGGAAUCGCUCUGCUCGACAUCAGCCCCGAAGCCCUAAAGCCGUCAAAGCCGAGAUCGAAGAGCAACAGUGCAAAGCAGGAGCGACACCAUGCCGAGUCCUGACCUACCCCAUCAAUAUCACAGAUGAGAACCGUGUCAAUGAAGUCGUCGAAGAAGUCGCGACGACAUUUGGCCGACUCGACUACGUCAUCAACGCAGCUGGAAUAGCAAUGAAGCACACAGGCGGAGCUGCAUUCUGCGAAACAUCCGACUGGGAGCGCAUUUUGAACGUGAACCUCACAGGCGCAUUCUUCGUUUUGCGCGCUGCUGCCAGGAUCAUGUUGAAGCAGGAGCCUAUCAAGUCCUCGAUUGAUGGCAGGCCACUACAGCGUAGCUCAAUUGUCAACUUCCCGUCUAUUCAGGGUGUUGCUGGAAUUGCGUUGUCGACCGCAUGGUUCAAUGCUAUCUGUCCUGGGUAUACUGAGACCCCUUUGGCAACCAAGUCGCCUCAGAUCCUGGCCGCUAUGAAGGAGAAGGUUGCCAAUGCUGUUAUAAUGGCACGUGUGGGUCAGCUGGGGGAUAUUGCGGAUGGUGUUGUUUAUUUGAGUGGUGGACGCGCUUCUUUUGUUACUGGAACGGCUUUGUUUGUGGAUGGCGGGUACACCCAGCGAUAA